UUUAUUGGGAUAAUUUACAUUUUUGCACCUUCUUCUUUGUUUCCCCAAAACCCUUGGUUCGCUUAUGCUCAAGAUCUUCCAUUUAUUCACAGGACUCGAGCUGAAAUAUAUUGAGCGCAAUAGUCCUUCCAAUUCUGGAGAAUUUGACACUCAUAGACAAAUUGUUACCAGUACAGCUUUGUAAUUCAAUCUAUUGCUUACAGAAGGAAAUAGAAUCCAUUACCAUUUGAAAGCCUUUCUUGAUGCUGGGGAACUAGAAGAGGAUACAGGUAGUGGUGAUGUUUUCUAUUUUUCUCUGAUAAGCAUUCUAAAUUGCUACUUUCAAGUUACACAGAUAAGGCAAAAAAUAAGAGAGGUUCUUGAAAUUCUCAAUUGCUGGUUUUCCAUUCAAUUCGUUUCAGUUCAAUAUAGUCUGAAAAUUCAUUUAUCCAACACUCCCUCAAAACCAAAGGUUUAUGCAUGAAAUGGUAGGCCUCUAUGAUCUGUACACUCUAAUGAUCCAAGCAAUCAUUUGGAACAUUUCAGACUCCCAUAAGAAAUAGGAUUGAAACUAAACGAACUGUUAGCCGUUAGCUAUGAGCAAUGCAUGCGUUUCGAGAUUCAGCAGCAUUCAGAUAGCAGCUGUCCCAUUUCCUGGCAGAAGCUAUCAUGGCAUUGUUUUCUUGAGGAACUUCUCAACUUUGGCAGCACCAUGUAUCUCUCCAAGCAUUCCUCUCAGUUAUCCUCCAGCAUCAGUAGUUUCAGUGGCCUGCCUAACCCAAUCAGAUGCUCCACAACGUUCUGAGGAGUGGUUUACCCUUCGCAAAGACAAAUUGACUACAAGCACCUUCAGCACUGCUUUAGGAUUCUGGAAAGGGAAUCGACGAUAUGAGCUCUGGAAUGAGAAGGUAUUUGCUCCAGAAGUUCAAUUACUACCAUCUCCGAGCAGGAGUGCCAUGGAUUGGGGUGUUCUCAUGGAAGCAGUAGCCAUAGAACGCUAUAAAAGCAUCACUGGUCGUGAUGUGAGCUCACUCGGGUUCGCAGUCCAUUCGGAUGAGCGAUUGGAUUGGAUUGGUGCCUCCCCGGAUGGUCUUCUUGGAAGCUUGCCUGGAGGUGGGAUCCUGGAAGUGAAAUGUCCAUACAACAAAGGAAAACCAGAAAAGGGUCUCCCGUGGGCAACUAUGCCAUUCUACUACAUGCCUCAAGUGCAAGGGCAAAUGGAAAUCAUGGACAGAGAUUGGGUUGAUGUGUAUUGUUGGACACCAAACGGGAGUGCAAUAUUCCGUGUCUACCGAGACCGGAGUUACUGGGAGUUAAUGCAUGGAAUUUUAUGGGAAUUUUGGUGGGAAAAUGUGGUUCCUGCUAGAGAAGCUCUUAUAAUGGGAAAUGAAGAGGGUGCCACAGCCUAUAAACCAACAUCAACACACAAAAAAACAGGACUUGUCAUUUCAAGAAGCUUGAAGUUGGCAGGUGAGUCAAAGAUGUUGUGCAGGGAUAUUGCUGGUCAUAUUGAAUUUUUUCGCUAGUGUGACCAACGAGCAUUCAACGCGCAAGUUGAUGAUUUUUUUUGGUGAAGGAGCACCUUAUCUCCAUUUUUCUAGGCGAAUCUUGAUCAAGUCAAGCUCCAAUGCAAGUACUGAACACUAGGUGGGAAACCAAGAAAACACAUGCGAAGUUGUACGCCUGUUUUCUAGAGCUUGGCAUCUUGAUAGCUAGUCUAUAUGGUCGAAGUUGGGACAAUUACAACAGCAUACGCCACAUUGUGCUAGAGUUCCACUUAUAAAAGUUUUGAAAUCCAGCACGGUAAAUGUUCGAUUCGAGUUGUUUCGUGUUUUAAGUAGGGGUAUUUUUGUCCAGGUGUUAUUUUACGAAGAUGCCUGAAGAAACCAUGUAACGUUAUUCGAGUAUUUCGAAUAGAUUUUUCUGCAUUUUGUCA